UGUAACACAAACAAGGAGCAACAGUUUCAAACUCAACAAGCCACAAUGUAGGACUGAGAACAGGAGAUCGAUGCUUUUUCACCCACCGGGUUAUUAACCCGUGGAACCGCUUACCCGUCGAAGCCGUAACUGCCAAAACUGUGUUGAGUUUUAAAAUAUACCUAGAAAAGAACAAUGCAAAUGAGGUGGAGGGGGGGACCUUCGACAAGCCGCCGGCUUCCUGUCUUUGUCGAGGCCACUAGGGUUAGUGGCCCCUCAGGUAAAAAGCCACUAAGCAUCAUGAGUGAAGGGAUGACUGCAUUGGUGCUAGGGGCUUCAGGGGAGAUAGGCAAACAACUGGUCCGAGAACUCAUCAACAAUGCUGCAUUUUCCCGCAUCACAUUAGUGACAAGACGCCAGUUAGAUGUUAACAGUGACAAAGUAGAGCAAAAAAUUGUUGACUUUGAAAAGCUAGAUGACUACAAAGAAGCAUUUGAAGGUGCACAGGUUGGUUUCUGCUGCUUGGGAACUACAAGAGGGAAGGCUGGUGCUAAAGGGUUUGUUCAUGUAGACAGAGACUACGUGUCUCAUGCAGCCCGACUAUUGAAGGAAGCAAACUGCCCUCACUUCCAUCUGGUUACCUCGAAUGGUGCUAAUAAGAAUUCAUUUUUUCUCUACACUAAAACCAAAGGUGAAGUGGAGGAACUGGUUAAAGAUUUAAACUUCCCCCAUCUCACGAUAUACCGGCCCUCAUUACUUCUGUGCGACCGUGAGGAGUCCAGACCUUUAGAGAAGGUUGCACAGAUUGUAGUUCGAGGUUUUGACUGGCGAAACAAAGUCAGUGUUGGAACUGACACAGUUGCUAGUGCAAUGAUUGCCAACACCUUAGAAUCCCAAACAUCUGCUAAGUCUGAGGAACCCAAAGUGGAAAUUUUGGAGAAUACAGACAUAUUACGGCUUGGAAUUGACUAGAAUUAUUUUGCAAACUAACAAGCGUUGUGAUUUUUAUGCAUUUCUAGUACUAAGUCAUAUAUUGCUGUUCAUAAAUGUGUUGAAUGUAUUAGUAGAGUAUUUUUUUUUUUUUUUAAGUAUUUGCAAUUUAUAUAUUUUCUCUAAAAAUGCAGUCUCUGAAACACAUUAAGGUUAGUACAGUAGUUUGAAUGCAGUGCUAGAAAACUAAAAUUAUAUUUAUUUAUAAUUCAUUAUGCUAUUGUAUUAAACAGUAACAGGUAGUCAUGGUUUGUAAUGAACAGUAUAUUAUAAAAAAAAAAAAAUUGUCAAAUAGACGAGUUUGAUUAUUAAUGAAAUUAUCACUGUGGAAAUACUAAAGGAAAAGUAUAUACAACACAGGAUAAAACUUUUCCCCAAUUUUCAUUCAAACUAAUGUUUCAGUAUUAGAUCUGCCAUGCAUUCCCAAGUUUGGUGCUAGCCAAUUAAUAUUUUAGUGCUAUUUUGAUUUUGUUCUUUAUUAAAUGGCUUUAUUGAUUUAA